UCUCAAUCUCAGUCUCAGUUUGUCUCAAUCUCACAACGUUAGCAGCCGCAUGUCGUCGUCUUCGCCACCAAGCACGCCUGCUCGCUUGGGCCAGCUCGGUGCAACGCUCUACACAUGCGAGACGUGCCAUCGGCGGAAGGUUCGGUGCGACCGACAGGCCCCAUGUGGCAACUGCAUCCGAAUGGGAAUGUCGGCGACGUGCGUUGCGCGAUCACACACGCCCCGUCGCGUCCCGCUGCGCCUCCACAACGACGUUCGAGAGCGGCAGCUGAGCGAGCCGGUCGAGAUAGAAGGUCUCCCAACCCCAAGUCCGGCACUCGUGUUUGAGAUUGCGCGCCGAAUUCACCAGGUCGAGCAAUUGGACAAGGAGAUUGCGUGGGACGAUUCCGAGGAGCAGCCGUUCAAUCCGGAGCGAUAUCGGGCAGUGCUAGUGAAUGAGGACACGCUCUUAGACGACGAGCUGCUCUCCGAUCGCGAGUCAAAGCACGAAGAGUCUGAUCACUCUACAUCCCAAGAGAGCACGAAAAGCAAUGAAGACAGCAAUGCUGAAGAAGAUGGUGGCACUCAGAAUGAUGAUGAUGAUGAUGAUGAUGAUGAUGAUGACGACGACGAGGACGAAGACGAGGACGACGAGGACGAGGGCGACGCUGAAAUUGACGACAGCGAUGAUGCUGAUGAGCAGACCAGCCGUCGUGCAACACGCAAGGCGCAGAGUCAGAGCCGCGCAUCUCAAUCCUCAGCAGCUAUUGGGACCCCGAGGGUGUCUCCGCGCAGGCAGCAGGCUGAGGCGACGACGGCGACUGGGCGAACGCUGCACGGCAACAAACGGGCUCGAAGCGAAUCGUCAGGCUCAACUUCAUCGGACAGCGACGACUACGACACUGCCUCAUCUAGCGAUGAUGACAAUCGUGGCGAUGAUAACACUGGCGAUGCUGCGUCGAAUCAGGACCGAGCUCGCUCGCUCACGUCGCGUCCACGACGUGUGACUGUUGAGCGACUUUCCCAUCGAGAGCGUGUUCGCCGACGAGACCAGGCCAUGCUGGGAUUCCGUCGCUCGGCACACGUUGCCAUAGGGUUUUGUGUGCAGGAGCAAAUUCGGCAACUCGUGCACUCCAUCGCAGAUUACAUGUGACAUUCGUCUGCUUGUUAUGACCUUUUUUGUGUUUGUGUGUGUGUGUGUGUUUGUAGUUAAUAUCAAUACUUUUUGAAUCGCUG